UCUGUGAAUAUGCCUGUUAACAAAACACCCGUGAUUAAUAAAGUAGGAGGAAUAUCUUCCUGUUACCACGAAAAAUUCUUGGACUUUAAUUUUCAAAAUUUAAGUAACAAAAAGAGUCAUGAAUCAAGAUCAACAUUUUCAAUCACAAAUGAAUUCAUCUUAAAAUUUAAUGAAACACAGAAUCCAGUAGAGAAGGAGGAAUUGUUGGAGAUAGCUAGAAAAAGCAUUAUCAAAUGUAAGAGAAAACUGGGUCUUAAAACCCUGGGCUCUGGAAAGCAUGUUGAUCUUCCAGCUGCAUGGACUGAAGUAGUGUUUCUGGCUCAAUGCAAAGGAGAAAUCCAAGAUGAGGCUUUGAAUAUGCUCUAUGCUUCCAUGGACCAUAUUUCCUUUGAUUAUGAUCAUCUGCCUGCCUUAUUUUUUGUUGCGGAGUCCAUUUUGUACAGACUCUGCUGUGAUGCACUUCUGAGGACAUAUUUAUAUUCAAUUGAAAUGAAGCUGGCAAAGAUUGGCUAUUUGAUCUUCUUGCGACUUUUUAUAUAUUUCCUGCAUGGUCACCUAGAAAGUUUUCAACCACAUUUACUUCGGCUUCAACCGUUUUUAUAUGCACUUUGUUUCUCUGGAGAAUCAUACAAUCAAUAUCCAAACAUCCUUUUACAAGUGCAAUUUAUCCUGAAAAUCUCAGAAAUUAUAUGUAAAAGAGAACACCUUUAUGGAUCGGUUUUUAGCGCUACAGGAAACCAGGAGGCCUCUGGGAACAUGUGCUCUGACAUGAGAGGGUAUGAAGUUAACCACCUGCUCUGGCACAGUGUUGCUGCAUGGUCUUGUGUUCAGCGGGACAACCCUCAGCUGGAUGAUGUGCUCCAGCAUCUCCUCUCCCAGAAAACCCAGCUUCAAAAGAAAUGCUGGUUGGAUUCAGCACUGGCUUUGUUGGUCCUUGGGGAGGCUGCCAAAUUAAACCUGGCCUGCUUGAGGACCUUGAUGGACCUACUAAGGAAUUUUAUUUCAAGCAUUCUCUCCGUUCAGAAUCAGGAAGAAAGUGACAAUGUAAAUGAAUUUUCCUCAGCUUGGAAUAUAGUCACCAUAUAUACAACAAUUCUUUCAGAAAUCUGCUUGUAUGCAGCCACUUCUGAUUUGCGAAAAACGGCUCUGAUUGGUUUUUGUGACUGUAAAAAUUCUAGAAAAAGUAUUUUACUCAUGGACAAACCAGAAGAAGAGCCAGAAUUAAGAGGAACAAGUGUUUUAAGUCUUUUGGAAUAUUUCUCUUCCAAAAUAUCAGAUAAUUGUGAUCAAGUAGUCUGGAGAGGAUACUAUAACAUAGUGUAUAACCUGGUGAAAAUGUCCUGGGAACUUCAGGGAGAUGAAGAACAGGAUGGCUUUAGAAACGUAAUAUGGCAAACACUACAGAAAACAAAGGAGUGUGAGAAAGACGUGCGGAUCCAAAAUGCCAUCAGGGUAGCUCAGGCAGAGUUAAACGAUUUGACUGAUCCUUUCAUGAGGUAUGAUGUAAAAGUUGCUUCUGAUGUAGGGGAAGAAGUUUUCUCCAAGUAUCUUGGAUGGAGAAUUGCCAAUACGCUUUCCAGCCUCUUCUUUCCCUGUGUUGACACCCGAAUUCCUCCUUUGGAGAAGUCAUUGACAAAAUGGGAUCAAAUGAAAUGCCCAAAGAAAAAGCAGGAGUCUAUGAAGAAAAGAGUUCUACGUUUUACUGUAAGGGAACAUCCUUCUAUGUCAGAACUUCCCAUGUUUCCAUAUCCAGAUUUCUUCACCAAGGAGGAUGAAGAGUUGGCGAAAAUCAUUGACUAUCACUGGCAAGAAGAGCUAAAGACAUGGCAGGAAGAAGAGGCGAUAUGUGAGGCCAAAGAACAUGAAGACAAAGAAUUAGAGGCAAAAAAACACUUCCAGGAAGUAAUGAGAAAAAGAGAAGAGAAAUUGCAUAAGCAAACUAAACCCUAUGAGCUUCCUCCUAGGACUCAAGAAAUCUCAAUAGAAAAGAUUAUGACUCCCCAAAAAAUUGAGAUCCACAGGCCUACAACUGUUAGCAUGAAAGAGACCAAGAUAUCCACCUGUUAG